GCCUCGGGAAGAGUAUUAGCUUAUGUUGCAUACUGAUAUAGCGCUUAUCUAGUUCUCGAUACAAAAGCACAUGUCCGGUACGCGUUUGAGCACCAAAGCCCGGAAGAGACCCAUGCCACUAUGGAACACCGCUGCUCGCGAUGUCGCUACCCAACAAUUCAAAGACGAGCUCGCACUACUAAGGAGGCGCCGCGAAUAUAAAGAUCUUGUCAACCCCGGGCGCACCACAACAGUGCAGCGCACCACAACAGUGCAGCACACCACAACAGUGCAGCGCACCACACCCCCAAAUUCAGAAGCCAUAUCCGCAUACCCGAACUGUAACCUCGACAAUAACAGCAGCACAGACACGGCUGGAUCCAUCUAUCUCACCAUGCCAAGUGGAACGAUUCUGCACGUGAGUGAACUGCUCUUCUGGCCAUCAAGGCAUGCGGAAACACGCCUGAUACGGGACAUUGACGCGGCAGAAUUUGCCAAGGUCGCAAUGAACAUGAUCCGGUAUACCCGGACGAGUCCGAAUCCACCAGAGCAAUCGCAGGUGAUGCUCCAGUUUGACGACAUGCCAGAUACAACUGUUCCAAUCAGCGACAUCAAAGCCCUCCAGUCCAUUCUAGUAACCGUGAACGAGCUACGAAGCGAACAGCAGCACAUAGGAAGUACCUUGGUUGACCUCAAGCUCGUAUACACUGCCGUGUCAAGCACGUUUUCCGACACGAGAUAGUUCUGUUACCGUGUCUGAUGAGAUGGUGCGAUGUCGUCUGCUGAUCAAGUCCCUUGUUCCCAAGCCAUCCAAUAAUGGUCUAGUGCAUACAAUACACGCAAUCAUCUUCCGGACUCAAAUGAGUGUCCACCCUUCCUCCAUGAUAUACAUCCACGCCUU